AUGAAAGCCAAUUUGCAAAAAGGGAAACGUGCAAGAGAAGAAGGCUCUAAGAGACCACAUCCAUUUAUGAGAACUCAGAAGAGGGAAAGAAAGGUAAUAAAAUUUCCAGAAUCCAAUGAUCAAAAUCAAGACGAUGAAGAGGGUCCCAUAAUUGAUAAGCAUAUAGACAAAUAUCGUUUAAGGGAGAAAGCUUCUCAACUUUUAAAAACGCGGUCGACUUUACCAGUGUAUCAAAAUAAAAAUGAGAUCAUGAAAUAUUUAACAACCAAUCCUGUCACUAUUUUGAUCGGUGAGACUGGUUCUGGUAAAUCUACUCAAAUACCACAAUUUUUAUUAGAUUGGCUGGUAAAGGAGAGGAAGCAUGGAUCUAUUGCAGUGACACAACCUCGUCGUGUGGCUGCUAUUAAUUUAGCCACACGUGUGGCUCAAGAACAUGGAUGUAAUAUUGGUGAUACUGUUGGUUACUCUGUUAGAUUUGAUAACACUACAAGUACUCGGACAAGGUUAAAAUAUUUGACUGAUGGUAUGUUACUAAGGGAACUAAUGAUGAACAGAGAAUUAAAAGAGUACAACGUUGUUGUUAUCGACGAAGCGCACGAAAGAACCGUGUUGACAGAUUUAAUCCUUGGAUUUUUAAAGUCUUUGAUUAAUGGUCCAAGACCGGAUUUGAAAAUUGUUGUUAUGUCAGCUACAUUACAAGCUGAGAAAUUUAGCCAAUUUUUUGACGAUGCUCCAAUAUUAUUUGUGGAAGGGAGAAAGUUUGAUGUCACUCAAUAUUAUUUGAAGGCUCCAUCAGAUGAUAUUGUGGACAGUAUAAUAAGAUGCUGUGUCCAGAUCAAUCAAGGUGAAGAAAUGGGUGAUAUACUAUGUUUCUUGCCAGGUCAAGAGGAAAUUGAUAAAGCCGUUGUAAUAUUAAAUAAAAUAAGUGAAAUCAUAUCAAAAGAGACGAAAGUUCCAUUGAUGAUAGCCUACCCAUUAUAUGCUGCAUUGUCUCCUUCGCAACAAGCGUUAGUUUUCUCACAAGUGAAAGGGUUUAAGAGAAAGGUUGUUUUCAGUACCAACAUUGCUGAAACAUCUGUUACUAUUUCAGGUGUUAAGUUUGUUGUAGAUUCUGGCCUAAGAAAAGUUAAAGUUUGGAGACAUCAAUUGGGAUUAGCUACCUUACUGACAGUUCCUAUAUCUCAAGCAAGUGCUAUGCAAAGAAGCGGUCGUGCUGGUAGAGAAAGUGAAGGUAAAUCCUUCAGAUUAUAUCGUGAAAAUGAUUAUAAGCAACUACCGUUGGAAACGGAACCAGAAAUCGCUAGAAGUGAUGUAACGUCUCCCGUACUAAUGCUGAAAAGAUAUGGUAUACAAGAUAUUGUCAAUUGGACUUGGUUUGAAAAUCCAGGUAGAGAUGCGUUAAUUAUGGGGCUUCAAGAAUUAUAUCAACUGGGUGCAUUGAACGAUUCAGGUAGAAUAACAAAUAGAGGUGAACAAAUGGCAUUGUUACCAAUUCAACCUCACAUGAGUAGUGUUUUGAUCAAAGCGAGUGAAAGUGGAUGCUUAUCCGCUGUUAUUGACAUUGUGUCCUGUUUAAGUGUUGAGAAUUUAUUAUUGAAUCCACAACCAGAGGAAAGAGAUGAGGUAAAUGAACGACGUUUUACCUUGUGCAAUGCAGGUAAAAAAUAUGGUGAUUUAGUAAUGAUGAAGGAAUUAUUUGAUAUUUAUUUCUAUGAUUUAGAAAAGAGUUCUACCUCUGCCACAGAGCGACAUGACUGGUGUAAAGAAUUAUGCGUUUCCUAUAGAGGGUUUAAGAAUGUACUUAAGGUUAGAGAACAAUUAAUGAUGUAUUGCAAACGUUUGUUUUCAAAAAAUGAUCCUAACAUAGGUUAUGAUCUCAAUGAAUCUUCUAGAAAAAUUGGGGAAGAUUGUGAUGAACUUGCAGCCAUCUUAAAGUGUUUCUUGACUGGGUUUACCAAAAACACUGCUAUUGGAAUGCCUGAUAGGUCAUAUAGAACCGUUUCCACUGGUGAAACGAUUAGUGUCCAUCCAUCUUCAAUGCUAUUCCUAAAUAAAAAUUGUCCUGGGAUAAUGUACACUGAAUAUGUCUUUACAACGAAAGGGUAUGCAAGAAAUGUGAGUCGAAUUGAGCUCUCGUGGCUGCAAGAAGUUGUUACUAACGGUACAGCUGUUGCAAAGCAAAAAGUGAGUGGUUAA